CACGAGUAUGAAAAUGGCCACAAUUACUUAGAGGCUUACAUCUGGCUCACUUUGGGGGCACGAACUCCCACACACGCGCACACACAGUCACGCACUGAAACAUUAUGCCUUGCCUUUCUCUCUCUUCUCUUCGUCUCCCUCCUGCUGCUCCUCCUCCACCGUCUUCUUCUUCCUCUGUUGAAUUUCGCAGAGUAGCUUUUCUCCGAGCUUCGGCGUCGGUAGUUUCCGCGGCUUCCACUUCCGAGCCGAAAGUUGUGGUUACUAGAGAACGCGGCAAGAACGCUAAACUUAUUAAUGCUCUGGAGAAGCAUGGAGUUGCUUGUCUCGAGCUUCCUCUUAUCCAGCACAAGCAUUUACCAGAUUUAGAUAAGCUGUCAUCUUUGUUAAAGUGCUCUGCAUUUGAUUGGAUCAUUAUAACAUCACCCGAGGCAGGAAUAGUUUUCCUUGAUGCUUGGAAAGCUGCAGGUAAUCCAAAUGUCAAAGUAGGCGUGGUUGGAGGUGGUACAGCAAGUGUGUUUGAAAAUAUUGCACCAUCUUCAAAGCAGUUCCUAAAUGUUGCCUUUUCACCUUCCAAAGCAACUGGUAAGGUUUUGGCUUCAGAACUUCCAAGGAAUGGAGAUGAAAGAUGUACAGUUCUAUAUCCUGCUUCAGCAAAAGCUAGCAAUGAAAUUGAAGAAGGCCUUUCAGAGCGUGGAUUUGAUGUCACCCGACUGAAUACUUACACAACGGUGCCUGUCCAGCAUGUUGAUGAGAAGAUUUUAAAAAGGGCACUUUCCAUGCCUGUAGUUGCUGUAGCCUCACCUUCUGCUCUGCGGGCAUGGGUCAAUCUAGUUCCAGAAUUGGAAAGGUGGAAUUAUGCUGUUGCUUGUAUUGGCGAGACAACUGCUUUAGCUGCAAAAAGACUGGGAUUGAAGAGUGUGUAUCAUCCAACAAACCCUGGUCUUGAAGGGUGGGUUGACAGCAUUCUGGAAGCUCUGAAACUUCAUGAUAAAGUCCAGAUAGUGUAAGGGUCAUUUGCCAGUUGCUUUUAACCAUUGAGGCGAGGCCAGCAUGUUGUUUAUUCUGCUUUGGGUAGAUGAGAAUCCGGAGUUUGAUCCAGCCGAAACCUUGGGGUGAUCACUGAAAGCUGGUGCAUCUUUGAACGGGUUGAUUAUGCUGGAAGAAACAAGAGAAAAAUGAUGUGACCAGAAAUGUGUAUCCUAAUAGCAACGAAGAGUAAAAGGGAAGCCCAGAAAUUGGACUCCUUUUAGUCCGGAAAGAUAGGGUGCUUGAAAGAUUAGGUCGUUUUGUAUAGUGCAUUAUUUUUUCCGUGUAUAUAUUCCAUUCAAUUUUGAAAUCUGCGUCUGAUAAGUCACUGAUCCUGAUGUAAAUUGUAUAUUGUGCCAGAAGUUUGCAUCAUUUCUGCUCACAAGCGUAUAACAGUGUAUCUUUGUAAUCCCUGUAUUCUUUCUGUUUUUUUCCCCCUAGUUUACAAAAUCCUAUUGGGUAUGCCUAAUAGUCGCUCAGUACGUGCACAAGUUCCAGCAGAGGGCAACAUCUGCAGUCACAUAAAUCUUAGUGUAACAAGAAACUAGAGAAUUUCCUGAAAUGAUUCGAAGUCUUACAUUGUGCUUGUUUCUGGAGAUCAUAGCUACCAGUGAAGGCCGAAUAUAUCCACAGGCUCGUGCACAGAAACUGAAGUCAUUUUCUGCAGCGUUUUUGUGUGUAGAAGUGUCAAAAAGCGCUUCCUCAACAAUCAGAAAAGUUCAAAAUGCUUCCUCACUUAUCUUGAGAUUGUCAUCAGCAAGGUAUUGCAGAAACUGCUUUUCAUUAUUCACUUCUCCGUUCAUUCUUUCCGUGCAAAACACCAACAUAGAAAGAAAAACAUGCAUGUUAUGGUAAUGAUAAAAUUUGGCACGGCCGAGUUUCUCUUGUUGUACUAGACGCACAAUGAUGUCAAUAAGCAUGUUAGAAUAUUAUUGCAUCCUUGGUUCAUUUUCUCUUCAUUUAUGAGCUAUAAUUAUAGAAUUAUAGUCAACCAAUCAGGGACAAACACCCUUUGAAUCUUAAUCCGAUUUGAUGUUUAUACUGUAACUAUUUGCAUAAGAUAUGAUGAUGACAGUGGGUGCCCAGAUAGGACAGUGGAGCAGUAAUCACUUAAAUAAACGAGUUCUUGGCUAGGCAAAAGUGGCUUUUGGUUGGCAAUGAUCGAUCACUGAAUAGAAAAAGAGCUGAUCUUUACGGCAUGUGGCUGCUUUUGCCCUUUUAUCAUGGCAGCAGCACCAGGAGGAGAAGGAGCUAAAACAUUGUUUCUGUUUAUCUAACUUGGCCUCAUGCUCGCGAAAAGCUGGACCCAGAAACCCAUGAAGAAGACUUUGGGACCUCCAUGGACAGGCAGUAGGACCACAAAGUAGAGCUUAAACCUUUUUCUAUCCUCAAAACAAUUACUUCUCCGUCUUAAAAUUGUUGUCCAAUUUGAGUUUUCGCGUUUAGUUAAAUUUUCGUUAAUCAGUGGAAGAGUAUUGGUCUUUGAGAGAUCUUUUUUCACAUUUAAACUUUUCAAACUCUUCUUUGUUGAGCUAAAAGUAGAUUGUGAUUUAUGACCAUCUAAAGGACUAAAGCUCGCAUUAUUGAAGGGAACA